CUUUUCCCCCGGCUGGUGUGAGGUGUCCUGUGGGAGCGGGGCUGGGAGAUCCAGGGGGGACGCGGCGCUCGGCUGCUGCACUUGGGGAGAGACUCUGAAGUCUUUGAAGAGCCUGUUCGCUCUGCCAGGGCGUUUUAUCCAGGUAUGAAAACCAGAUCACUAUUUUGUCAGACUACUUAGAAGAAUUCCCAGAAACUGAUGAGCCAGUGUGGAUUCUAGGAAGGCAACACCACCUAAACACAGACAAAUCUAAGUUCUUGUUGGAUAUAAGUUCUCGUCUCUGGUUUACGUACAGAAGAAAGUUUUCACCUAUUGGAGGCACUGGUCCUUCGUCCGAUGCUGGCUGGGGAUGUAUGCUGCGGUGUGGGCAGAUGAUGCUGGCACAAGCACUGAUCUGCAGACAUUUAGGAAGAGAUUGGCAAUGGGAAAACCACAAAAAACAACCAGAAGAAUAUCAUAGAAUCUUACGGUGCUUUCUAGACAGAAAGGAUUGCUGUUACUCCAUUCACCAAAUGGCUCAGAUGGGUGUUGGAGAAGGGAAAUCAAUUGGAGAAUGGUUUGGACCAAAUACAGUUGCUCAAGUACUGAAGAAGCUUGCUUUAUUUGAUGAAUGGAAUUCAUUAGCAGUUUAUGUAUCUAUGGACAAUACAGUGGUCAUUGAAGACAUCAAGAAGAUGUGCUGGUCCCCCCCACAGGGCGGCAGCGCGGCGCUCGGCAGCGCCCACCCGCACAGAGGCGCUCUUGGCCGGAACAAGAGCACAGCAGGAUUCUGCCCAGGCUGGAAGCCCCUCUUGCUCAUUAUACCUCUGCGACUGGGGAUAAACCACAUCAAUCCAGUGUAUAUCGAUGCAUUUAAAGAAUGCUUUAAGAUGCCACAGUCUUUGGGAGCAUUAGGAGGGAAACCAAAUAAUGCCUAUUAUUUCAUAGGAUUUUUAGGCAAUGAGUUGAUAUAUUUGGACCCUCACACCACUCAAAGUUUUGUUGAUUCAGAAGAAAAUGGCACAGUUGAUGACCAGAGCUUCCACUGCCAGCAGGCUCCACACAGAAUGAAGAUCAUGAAUUUGGACCCUUCAGUAGCUUUAGGCUUCUUCUGCAAAGAAGAAUGUGAUUUUGAUAACUGGUGUAGUCUUGUACAAAAGGAGAUUCUAAAGCAACAGAGUCUACGGAUGUUUGAGCUGGUCCAGAAGCAUCCACCUCACUGGCCUCCUUUCAUACCUCCAACAAAGCCAGAAGUGACAACCACAGGAGCAGAACUCAUUGAAUCUACUGACAAACUAUUUGAAUUGGAAGAAGAAUUUGAAAUCCUGAGUGUAUGAAGGAAACUGUGGUGACCCUUCUGAGUAUUGAACACAUUUGCUAAUAUUAUUGCAUUGACUUAAACAGCCAUGUUAGCCCCAAAGUGCCUGAAACUACAGAUAGCAGAGCACAAAAACCUCGUAGCAUCCACAACUCCAACAGGGACAGUUCCUGCUGUCAAAGACCUUACCCAGAUGGAAAGGCAGUAAAAGAUCAUCUUAUAAGACCCUUGAAAGGGAAUGUCUUUAAUGUGUCUUUCCUGAAGACAAAUGGACCUUUCAGAUUAAGGCAAAAAUAAGUGUAUCACUGGGCUGUAUGUUUGGAGAAAGGGAUAACCCCAAUGGAUAUUUCUUGCUCUCGUAUAAUGCAAUAGUUUAGUUCUUAAAGCAAAACAGUCUUCAGUUAAGGAGGAUGUUUACUUCUCUUCCCUCCUGUGGGCUGCUUCAUAGAAAAAAUACAUUGUCUUGUUUAAAAGAUCGACUGGAUCAGAAGAAAAUUGUUUCCUUGUUAAAUAUUUUAACAUGUAUUUGAGCAACCACACUUUAUUACAAAAAUGUUUCUGUAAAAGGAACUAUGUCUAAUGUAUACGUUUUGCAAUAGCCUUCCUGUUUCUGGGAAACCUCAAGAGGAACAGGAGACUCAAAUAGUUGCUAUAGAUCACAACCACUGUUACAGUUAUGAUAUAUUUCACCUUGACCUUAAAAUUCAGAUCAUUAAACACAGGCUGACUUUACUUUUGGAGCUAAAAUGAGUCAAAGGUGGUUUAACUGUACCUUAUUUAUUUUAAAAAAGAUUUACACAAGUUUCUCUGUUACAGCACUUUAUAUGUGCAUCUAAUAAAUUUCUUAAGCUUUUCAUAGGUUGUAUGCUGCUAUAUUUUGUUAAUUUGUGUGAACUAUAAACCAGGUUAUCUUAAAACUUAAUAUAUAGGCAUAUGCAAAUUACUUAACUGUUGUUUUUUGACUUGAUGCCUUUUGAAAUGUGUUUUGGUACAAGUGCCUUAAUUCUACAAGUUUAUCAGAACAGCCUGUGCAGUUUUGUUUCUAAGGCAGAUUAUCUCUUGAGCAGCCGUAAGGAAAACAGCUCAGAAUAAUUAAAGGCAAAGAUGUUUUAAUCCAUCAUAAAGUUCCUUUUUACUAUCAGACAGUCCCCAUUAUGGUCAUUUUGUCAUGGCAGUGUACUGGACAUGAAUCACACAGUUUCAUCUUCACCAAUAAAUGACAACAUGGAGAAAUACUGAA